GAAUUUUUAAUUUGACUUCCAAUUUUUUAAUAACUUUAUUUUUUACUGUUCGUUUGAACUAUUUCAUAAUUUAUUGAUAAACGAUAAGAUUUUUAUACAAAAAAACACAGUCAUUGAAAAUAUUUGAAAAGAAAAAUUAAAAAUAUUUUUUAAAAUUCAUUUUUGUUAAAAUUAAAAUAUUAAAGUGAAAAAUCAAAUCCAAUUGGGUCAACAAAUUUAAUCUACACAUUGAAAUCCAAAAACAAUAUUUUUGGUGAAGAAAAUUCUUUCCUGAAAAAUCAAGAUUAUUAUAAAAAACAAAGAAACAAUGUCUACAACAGCUUUCACACGUUUAAUACGUCCUAAUACAGCUCCAACUACAACAUUAUUAACAGAAUCAAGUCUUUUAAAUAGUGGUAUACCAUCAUUAAUAUCAGUAAAUGGUGUUAGUAGCAGUAGUGGUGGUGGAAGUAGUAUUGGUUCAAACAGUGAAUCAUCAGAUCCAUUAGAAUCUGAUUACAGUGGUGAUGAUAAUGAUGAAGGCAAUGAAGAAGAUGAUCAAGAAGAAGAAGAUGAUGGUAAUGGUACAGGUGAAGAUGAUGAUGACGAUGAUGAUAGCAAUAGUCCAAACAUUAAUAAUGAUAAUUUAAAUGGAAAAAAUAAUAUUAAUAAUGAUACAACAGGAAAAGGACGUCGUCAAUAUAAUAUGGAUGAUUUUCAAAUGUUAAAAACAAUUGGUACUGGAACAUUUGGUCGAGUUUGUCUUUGCAAAGACAAAAUCAAUGACACAUACAGUGCAAUGAAAAUUUUAGCUAUGACUGAUGUCAUACGCUUAAAACAGGUUGAACACGUAAAAAAUGAAAAAAGUAUUUUAGAAGAAAUAAAUCAUCCAUUUAUUGUUAAUUUAUUAUGGUCAACAAAAGAUGAUUGUUGUUUAUACAUGUUAUUUGAGUAUGUAAGCGGUGGUGAACUUUUCUCAUAUUUAAGAAAUUCAGGACGUUUUAAUAGUCAAACUGCAAAUUUUUAUGCCAGUGAAAUAGUUUUAGCUUUAGAAUAUUUACAUUCAUUAUCAGUUGUAUAUCGUGAUUUAAAACCAGAAAAUCUAUUAAUUAAUCGUGAUGGCCAUUUAAAAAUAACAGAUUUUGGUUUUGCUAAAAAAUUAAAAGAUAGAACAUGGACACUAUGUGGUACACCAGAAUAUUUAGCACCAGAAAUAAUUCAAUCAAAAGGACAUAAUCGUGCUGUUGAUUGGUGGGCAUUAGGCAUUUUAAUAUAUGAAAUGUUAGUUGGAUAUCCACCAUUCUACGAUGAUAAUCCAUUUGGUAUUUAUGAAAAAAUUUUAAGUGGUAAAAUAGAAUGGCCAAGACAUAUGGAUGGUGUAGCUAAAGAUUUAAUUAAAAAAUUAUUAGUCUUGGAUAGAACAAAACGUAUGGGAAAUAUGAAGAAUGGUGCUGAUGACGUUAAACGACAUAGAUGGUUUAAACAUUUAAAUUGGAAUGAUGUUUUAAAUAAAAAAAUCACUCCCCCAAUUGUACCUCAAGUUUCAUUCGAUGGAGAUACCAGUAAUUUCGAUGAAUAUCCAGAAACUGAUUGGAAACCAGCUAGAGCAUUAGAUCGAAGUGAAGCACAAUUAUUUGUAGAUUUUUAAACAUUUUUAUG